AUGGCGUCCUCACCCUCUGCUAAUCUUCAGAACCUCUUCGGCGUCGAGGGUUUGGUGGCCGUUAUCACUGGUGGUGGCUCGGGCCUCGGCGCGAUUAUGGCCGGCGCGCUCGAGAAUCAUGGCGCCACAGUCUAUAUCUUGGGGCGGAGGAAGGAGUCGCUUGAGAAGACUAUCGCUGAGCGAGCUCGCUAUGGUCGCAUAUACGCGAUCCAGGCAGACGUGACCGACCGCGACACCCUCAAAGCCGCAGCAGCGAGCGUACGCGAGAGACACGACCACAUCGAUCUGCUGAUCAACAACGCUGGCGUAAUGACGGGAUUCAAUUCGAGCACACAGGAGCACGGCGGCGACAUACGUAAACUGCAAGACGCGCUCUGGGACUUACAUACGCCCGAAGACUUCGCGAGCAUGUUCAAGGUCAACGUGACGGGAGCGUACUGGUCCACUGUCGCGUUUCUCGAUCUGUUGGCCGCUGCAAACAAGGGCAAGGAUCUCGGCGCGACGAUGAGCCAGGUCAUCACUGUCAGCAGUGUCGGCGGGUUCAGACGCGACGGCAUGAUAGAGAGUAUCGGAUACUGUCUGAGCAAGAGCGCCGCGACGCAUCUAGGUCGUCUCAUGGUCGGUACGCUCAAGGACUUCAAGAUUCGAAGCAACAUCCUCGCUCCGGGUUGGUUCCCCUCUGAGAUGACAGCCGACAGGCUGGAUCCGAAGUUGGUCAGAGAUGCUAUUCCAUUGCAGAGGACGGGUACAGAGGAGGAUAUGAAGGGGCUGAUAUUGUAUCUCGCUGGGAGGUCGGGAGCGUACGUUGACGGGACUACGUUCGCUCCGGACGGUGGAUGGAUCAGCUCGGUCCCUUCGUUCUUUUGA